GAAAUAUAUCAAUAAAUGAACUUCACAUUUUUCUUUUAUUAUUUUUUGAACGAAAUCAAAAAAUUAAAAAAAAUUUUUUAAAAAAAUGACGAAGGAAUCGUAUGAUAUAUGUUUAGAAAAUAUGGAUACCUCGUUAGGUCCCGCGCCUAAUACGUAUCACUUGGCUCCAACGAUCGGUAUGCCAAAGAAAACUGAUCCAAGUUUUUGGCAAUCUCCUGCAUUCUCUAUGAGAGGCCAAAUCAAAUUUCCAAUUUAUGUUUCGAGCCCUGGACCGGUGUACAAAGUGGACCAGACAACACGAAAUGGUCAAAUCACGAAUACCAAGGUCAAUAUCGGAUUGCUACUCGGUAAAGAUGACUACGGGCAGAGUCCAGGGCCCGCUGCCUACUUGCCGUGUUUUCCAAAUUUUAAACGGGCGCCUACUCCAAAGUUGUUGUUACCUAUAACGACCUCGACUGACGGAGAAAGAAACAUUCGUCCGUCGCCCAAUACGUAUUCGUUGCGCGACGAGCAUCGAUCGUCGAUCAAAAGUAGGCGAAAAGGAUACACGAUGAAAUGGAGGACAAAAGAAUGCGGUAGCGAAGUGGAGGACGCCGGAAGUCCCGGGCCGGCGGCCUACAACUCGACGGACGCGGAUGUGUAUAAAAAACGGGCGCCGGCCAGGACGUUCGGCUUACCAUUAAAACAGGACAAAGCUGUCUGCACGAAUACUCCACACGCGUACCUCAUCGUGUCCGCCGACGGGUGCAUUAAUCGCUGCCAGCCAAAAAGAUUCACGUUCGGUGCCAGGCGUCCGCAAAAGCACCCACCGUACGUGGUGCCGGCCGACAACUGUCCGCCGUGACUGUCAUUAUGGCACUGACUGGGAUCAAUGAUAAAUACAUACUACAAUAACAAUAUUAUAAUUAUUUAUUUAUCUUAAACGAAACUUUUAUAGCACUUA